AUGGAGCUCUGCUUUAGGACUACCAUACUGUGUGCAAAAAACUUGGUGAAAAAGGACUUUUUCCGACUUCCUGAUCCCUUUGCUAAGGUUGUGGUGGAUGGAUCUGGCCAAUGCCAUUCUACAGAUACUGUGAAGAAUACACUUGAUCCCAAAUGGAAUCAGCAUUAUGACCUUCAGUCUUCAGUCCAGAGACCGAAUAGGCACAGGAGGACAAGUUGUGGAUUGCAGUCGCUUGUUCGAUAACGAUUUACCAGAUGGGUGGGAGGAGCGCAGGACUGCUUCUGGAAGGAUCCAGUAUUUAAACCACAUCACGAGGACAACGCAGUGGGAGCGACCCACACGGCCAGCUUCGGAGUACUCGAGCCCGGGCAGGCCCCUGAGCUGCCUGGUGGAUGAGAACACUCCCAUCGGCGGCACCAACGGCGCCUCCUGCGGGCAGGCGGCGGAUCCGCGGCUGGCCGAGAGGAGGGUGCGCUCGCAGAGGCACAGGAACUACAUGAGCAGGACGCACCUGCACACCCCUCCCGACCUGCCGGAGGGAUACGAGCAAAGGACAACUCAGCAAGGUCAGGUCUAUUUUCUGCAUACUCAAACUGGUGUCAGCACGUGGCACGAUCCAAGAGUACCUAGGGAUCUUAGCAACAUCAAUUGUGAAGAGCUUGGUCCACUGCCUCCUGGAUGGGAGAUCCGAAAUACAGCGACGGGCAGGGUUUAUUUUGUUGACCAUAACAACAGAACGACGCAGUUCACGGACCCGCGGCUCUCUGCAAACCUGCACUUGGUGCUGAACCAGCAGCAGCUUUUACUCUGUAAGCAGCAGUUAAUAAAAGGAAGUGUUGUGUGUUUACAGGAAUCCUACAGGCAAGUCAUGAAGAUGAGGCCAAAGGACCUGUGGAAACGAUUGAUGAUAAAAUUCCGUGGGGAGGAGGGCCUUGAUUAUGGAGGUGUGGCCAGGGAGUGGCUGUACCUGCUGUCCCAUGAGAUGCUGAAUCCUUACUAUGGGCUCUUCCAGUACUCGCGGGAUGACAUUUACACGCUGCAGAUCAACCCCGACUCCGCCGUCAACCCGGAACACUUGUCCUAUUUCCACUUUGUGGGCAGGAUCAUGGGGAUGGCUGUGUUCCACGGGCACUACAUUGACGGCGGCUUCACGUUGCCUUUCUACAAGCAGCUGCUUGGGAAGCCAAUUACUCUGGAUGACAUGGAAUUGGUGGACCCUGAUCUCCAUAACAGCUUAGUCUGGAUACUUGAGAACGACAUCACCGGGGUCCUGGACCACACGUUCUGUGUGGAGCACAACGCCUACGGGGAGAUCAUCCAGCACGAGCUGAAACCCAACGGCAAAAGCAUCCCCGUGACUGAGGAGAACAAAAAGGAAUAUGUCAGGCUUUAUGUGAACUGGCGGUUUUUACGAGGAAUUGAAGCUCAGUUUCUGGCGCUCCAGAAGGGAUUUAAUGAAGUAAUCCCACAACAUCUGCUGAAGACAUUCGAUGAGAAGGAGCUGGAGCUCAUCAUUUGCGGACUGGGAAAAAUCGAUGUGAACGACUGGAAGGCAAACACGAGGUUAAAACACUGCACCCCCGACAGCAACAUCGUCAAGUGGUUCUGGAAGGCCGUGGAGCUCUUCGACGAGGAGAGGAGGGCGCGGCUGCUGCAGUUCGUGACCGGCUCCUCGCGGGUGCCCCUGCAGGGCUUCAAGGCACUGCAAGGUGCUGCAGGCCCACGACUCUUCACAAUACACCAGAUCGAUGCCAGCACUAAUAAUUUGCCUAAAGCUCAUACCUGCUUCAACAGGAUCGACAUUCCUGCCUACGAGAGCUACGAGAAGCUCUACGAGAAGCUGCUCACGGCCAUCGAGGAGACCUGUGGCUUUGCUGUGGAAUGACCCUGCCAGCCUCUCCCACACUCUAUUUAUACUCCUGUCAGCCAGAAAGCCCUUCCUUCCCUCAGCCAAGACUCAAGAAAUGCUUGAAAUACAGGAAACUUUCCCUUUUCUACACUAGGACAUUGGGAGGGAAAGGACAACUUUUGGAUUUUUUUUGUUUUUAAUUUUUAAAGUUUUUUAUUUCAAGAAAAUAGGUUCUGUGGUUCCUGCCAUAGGAUCAUUCAGCUGCUAUUAAAAACUAAUAUCUUGAACAUACAGAAUGCUGACUUUUCCUACAUUUCAACAGUUAAGCAGUAUUCUAUACUUAAAGACUACUACUAUUUUUGUAAGAGGUAAUCUAUUAUAUUUGCCUACCUGAUUUCUAUUCUCAGAUACCAAGACACAACUUCAGCAGUCGGUACAAGUCACGUUUCAGCCUGUUUUAAAUGUAUGAUACUGAACAGCAUCUAUACCUGCUAUUUUUGGAAAAAAAAAUAUUUUGGAUUAUUCUAACUUUGCAUAAAAUUGGCUGAAAGAAUCAUUAAUCUUUUUAAUGAAAGCCACUUACAUGUUAACUGCAUUUUCUUAUAGUAAACCAUGAUAUUCUGCAAUGUAAAUUCCAGGUAAAUGUUGCCACAGGGGCUUUUUUUAUAUUUUUCAAGCAGGAAUUCCGAAUAUGAUGUUUUGGGGUCCUAUUUAUAUCACUUGUCAGAUUCCUCCAGCAGAAUUUCUAGUGAGUGACACAGACUAUUUGGUACAGUCCUUGUGUUUACACGUGGAAUAACCUUUUCUUAAUGAACAGUAGAUAUUUUCAUUUUUUUUUUAAACAGCAUUUUUCUAACAAGUCUGUCAAGAGUACUUUUUGUUGCUUUUGACCUUAAAUUGAAACACUGCAUUUUUCAGCUGUUGAAGCACUGAUGGGCUUUGCCAGCAGAAGCCUGUCAGCAGUUUGUUCCAGAAUCCAUCCUGUCCAGUCAACCAAAGUUUGUUUGAAUGCAGCCAAAUCAUAUUCUGUAUUUGUUGAUGCUAAAGAUUUAUCAGGUAAAACAUAUUGUAAUCUCUGUCCAGCUGCUCAUGACACGUGGGUUUAAGUUACAGCUAAGGAAAAAUGGUGUAUUGACUGAAAUAUGUGUAAUGUGCUUUGGAAAUGAGGUUGUAAGAGCACAUAAUUUAUUGAUUGUAGGGAUGGAAGUAAGUAUAUAUAUGAUUUAUAGCAUGGGUUGAUCUCUUCAAAGGGGAAUAAAAUGCACUACCAGUAGAGGGAACUGAACUUUGAUGUUAGUUUGGAAAUUCUCAGUUGAGAUCUGUCUGAUCUGCUCUUGGUGUGUGGAUAAAUCAGGCUGCUUCAGAGACAGUGCCCUUCUCCUCUCAGCCACGAGAAUAUUUGGAAGAAGUAGCAGUUUUUUUCCAAUCAGUGUUGUGUUUUUGUAACUUAGGUUACAAUUAAUCAUCAAAUCUGCACUAUUUUUUCACUGCCAAUGAGAAGAAAUCAGAGGUAUUGAAAAUGCUGAAGGGAUGGGAUGUAAGCAGCUGUUGAUGUUUGCAGUGUCAGUCACAGUGAACCAGCCAUUGACUGUCUGUUCUGUGCAGCUUAAACGAAAUCCUGCUCUGCCACAGUGAGUAAACUACUCCUGGAUGUUGUGUGUUGGAAUGGUGGGCAAGGGACAGCUGUUAUAGAAUUGUGGUGAGAAUCUGGUGAGCCAAAGCCACACGUUGGUGUGAUUAUUUCUGUGGUACAGCUGCUGCUGGCAGCUUUGCUCCAGGGGACUUUGCUUCCCUUUCUGGGCUGGCUGCAGGAUGAGGCUGCUUAGGGAUGGAAACAGAAAGCCAGGAGACUUGCUGGGACAGCCAGGCUGGAAACACAGCAGAGCCUUUUCUUUGCAUUUCUCCUUCCCUUUUCCUUUCUUUUCUCCUUUUUCCUUUCUCCUUUCUUUCUUUUCCUUUCCCUUUCCCUUUCCCUUUCUUUUCAGUGGGCUCCUGCACUCCAUGGAAGGGCAGCUGUUGGUGCCUCCCUGCACGUUCCUGCCCUGGCUUUGUCCCCAGCCCUGCCCAAGCUCUGAGGCUCAGUGGCUGCUGCAGGGCUCUCACAGACAGCUCCUUGUGUCAUGGAACUGACACAAGUGAUUUUUUAAAGGUUUGGUUUUUUGUUUCAGCCCCUGUGUUUGCCCAGCCUGUGGCCACAGCCUCCCUGGGCAUGGACCAUGGCAAAUAUGAAAUUUGGUGGGUUUAUUGAAUGCAUGGUUAUGGUCACCUUGCUGUCACAAAAGCACCUUUGGGGAGGGAGGAGAUGAGCUCUGCAGAACAGAGAGCUGAGAUCAGCUGAUAAUUACAUUCAUUUUCACAGCAGCCUUAGCAGUACAUCUGUUUUUCUACUAAACAUUUUGGUAUGGCAUUGAGAAUUUUUUUAACUGCUACAGAUAUUGUAAAUUUAAUAUAUUAUAGGCAAAACUAGACAAAUCUGCAUUGAACUUUCCAUAGCUGACAGAUGAGGAUGAAUAUACCAAGUAUUUUGAGUGCCUUUCUACCUUCAUAAAGACUGAGAGCUUUAACUAAAGCACCUCAUCACCCAGUCAGAUGUUUAUCUGAAAGUGGUAAAGGGUUGAUUCCUUUCCAAAAUUUUGUUUCAAGAACACGUCAGCUACUUUCCCCUCAAAAAGGUGCUAAGCCUAAUAUUGCAUUUUAACCUUGGACUUUCACCCCAUGAUUAAUGUGAAUAUUUAUUUCAAUGUGUCCCUCUUACUGGGUUUUACUUUAUCCAGUCUUUGGUUGUUUUAGAGAGAUGUCACAUCAUGGUUUUAUGCUGUUGCUUUUCAUUAUGAAUGUUUAAUUAUGAACAGUGACUUUUGUAGAUUUCAAAUAUACAGUUCACAGUUGAGUUUCAGAGGAUUUAAUUUCUCGGUGUAAAGAGUUUUGUAAUGGUGCUUUGUACAGUAUGUAUUCUAAUUUUUUUUUUUUUUUUGCACAUAGGUUCAGUUUCCCUAAACUGAUUUAUUUGUACCAAAUUUUUGUGUUGUACUAAAGUCCAGAGCACACAAGCUGUUUUGAAAUUCCUGUUCCACAACACUACAUGUGUACUGAACUCCUGGUGUGUUUAAAAGGCUGCAUUGGUGGAAGUUCAAGCUCUGCUCCUGUCACAGCACCAUCCUCCAGCUCGAUGUAGCAUCUUUUUAAACAGCACCACACACUUAACAGGUGCCAUUUGUUGUACUUUACACUAUGUAGUAGGUUCCUGGCUCUGCACAUCCUCAGUUCUUUGUCUGUAGUUGUAAUUAGUUUAUACAAGUGUAAUUACUCCUCCACAAACUGACAGUUCUUAGUUUAUCAUUUCCAUUGUAUUUAUUACAGAGUGUUUUAGCAUUGGUAUCAUUGUAUUUUCACCCAGCUGUUACAUGAGCUUUAACAAAAAAAAAAAUCUGUAUAAAAUGGUUUUUAAGUACUUAAUGUAUGUACCCAUGCAGAAGUUGAGCAAUAAAUUGUAUGCUGUUUGCACUGUCACAGCAUC